GGGGUUGGGGGGCUUCGGCGAGCACUGAGGGGUUUUGUUACAUUAAAAGAAGACGAGCACACACACAUGGCCAGUAGUCGCUCUGUGGGCACUCAGUGAACACUCAGUAGACACACUGAGGGCUGAAAGAGAGAGAGAAAGAGAGAGACAGAAAGAGAGAGAGAGACAGAGCGCGGGAAGCAUGGAUCUACUACCCCAAGAGUUCCGUCGACGUGUGCGAUGUGACAGUGCAGCAUCUGUGCCCCAGUUCACAAACUCUCCCACUAUUAUUGUGAUGGUGGGACUUCCUGCCAGAGGGAAAACCUACAUCUCCAGGAAGCUCACACGCUACCUCAACUGGAUCGGUGUUACAACCUCAGUGUUCAACCUGGGUCAGUACCGUAGGGAGGCGGUACAGUUCAAAAACUAUGAGUUCUUCCGGCCUGACAAUGAAGAGGCCAUGAAGAUGCGCAGAGACUUUGCAUCCAAUGCUCUGAAGGAUAUUGUCAAUUACUUCUCCAGCGAGCAGGGACAAGUAGCCGUGUUUGAUGCCACAAACACGACACGUGAGAGAAGAGCCGUCAUUCUUAGUUUUGCCAAGGAGAAGGGCUACAAGGUGUUUUUUGUGGAGUCGGUUUGUGAUGAUGUUGACAUUAUAGAGCAAAAUAUUAUGCAAGUGAAGCUGAGCAGCCCAGACUAUGAGAACACUGAUAAGGAGGAGGCUCUGGAGGACUUCCGCAAACGCAUAGACUGCUAUAGGAUGACCUACGUACCAAUAGAUGACAGCAAGGACAAGAACCUCUCCUACAUAAAGAUCUUUAAUGUGGGGUCUCGGUACUUGGUGAACCGGGUGCAGGACCACAUUCAGAGCCGGAUCGUCUACUACCUGAUGAACAUUCACGUCACGCCGCGCUCCAUCUACCUGAGCCGCCAUGGAGAGAGUGAAUUCAACCUGAAGGGGAAGAUCGGGGGUGACUCGGGUCUGGCACCCCGGGGCCAGGAGUAUGCACGGGCUUUGGGAAAGUUCAUCAAGGGCCAGGACAUUAAGGACCUGAAGGUAUGGACCAGCCACAUGAAGAGGACCAUCCAGACAGCCGAGGCUUUGGGGGUCCGUUACGAACAGUGGAAGCCCCUCAAUGAAAUUGAUGCAGGUGUGUGUGAAGAGAUGACCUACGAGGAGAUCCAGGCCACUCAUAAGGAGGAGUUCGCCCUGAGAGACCAGGACAAGUACCGCUACCGCUACCCUAAAGGAGAGUCUUAUGAGGACCUGGUGCAUCGGCUGGAGCCGGUGAUCAUGGAGCUGGAGCGCCAGGAGAACGUCCUGGUGGUCUGCCAUCAGGCCGUCAUGAGAUGCCUGCUGGCAUACUUCCUGGACAAGAAUUCAGCUGAACUACCCUACCUGAAAUGUCCUCUACACACAGUACUGAAGCUCACACCAGUGGCCUAUGGAUGCAAAGUGGAAUCUGUCUUCCUCAACGUGGAGGCAGUGAACACACACCGAGACAGACCAGAGAAUGUGGACAUUGACAGGAAGCCUGAUGAAGCCUUGUUGACCGUCCCUGACCAUUUGUGAUCAGCUGGAGGAGGAGACAGGACAUCACCCUCACCACAUGCCACUGUACUCACCCUCGUUUGCCAGAUGAAAGGCAGAUGCAAGCAGAGCCGAGUUUUGCAAAGCCGAUGGACUGACAACCUGUUGCCGUGCAUCUGGAAAGAGAGAACAAUACUGACAAUGUACUUAGUGCUUCAGAGAAAAAUGCAGGGUCUUUCUUCAGAUACAAAGACACAACUAGGGACAAUUCCUCUGCAGAAAAAUCUGUCUCUGCAUUGCCUUUGUGUCCUUUGACUAUGGAGUUGUGUAAAGACCAGUCUGAUCAAACAAUAUGACAUGAAUAGUAAAACAGGUUGGACGGGCUUUUGGAGGUCUAAUAAUUUCAUCAGCACCAUGGACAGCAGCUAAACAAGCAAUUAGCCUGUUUAUCUGAACAACCUACCAACCGAACUGAUGUGUGUAUGAUCAACCUGUAUAGACCUGUAGGUGGGUCAUGUGGUUCAGAGGUCACAGAUACUGAGAGGGAUGGCUGUGAGUGAUGGCACAAAUGACAACGUCAAAACACGCACAGACUCUAUCUAACAAAGUCUCUCAGUUCAGCAAUAGGUAGGCCUAUGUACUCUCAUCCAUAGCAGUGAGGGCAUAGCUUCAGAAAAGGCAAUGUAGAGAUUCAUGUAGGAUUAGCAUGUGCAUCUAUACUGUUGAUGUCUAACAUCCACACCAUUACAUUUGGGACAACUGAGAAGCAGUCAAGAAAUCAUUUACAACUAUUAGAAAUGACAGUUACUGCAGGGGGAGCAUACUAAAAGCAUUUUUGAUUGACAUAAGCAUACUAUCAGAAUGUUCAGACAUCAUGCUAUAUCUCAUAGAUAUAACAAACUAAUCUAUUUUUUUCAACUUUCAAAGCCGACAAUACUAUUUGUGACUUUUGAAGUCAUAGUCAUUAAAGAUGAUGUUUAUAA